AUGACAAAUGCGCAAAAACAAACAAUGUACGAAGAAUGUGUCUCAGAGACGGGCGUCAAUGAAGAGAUAAUUGAAAAUGCAAUGGCUGGAGAAUUUGCAGACGAUCCAAAGUUUAGAUUGUUCUUGUCGUGUUUUGCGAAGAAAAGGGGUGUACUGAAUGAUGCAGGAGAAAUUCAAAAGCACACUCUUAGAGCAGAGUUAAGCAGUAUGAUUUCUGAUGAGGCUUUAGUGGAAGACAUAAUGGCAAGAUGCGUUGUGCAAAGUGGUACCCCGGAGGAAACUGCUUUUCAAAUUUCCAAGUGCAUACAUGCGAGAAAACAAUCUUAA